AUGGACGACGACCUGGAGCGCCAGCAUCAGGAGUUCAUCAAUAGGCCGUUAAGGGAUGAGCUUCCCUGUGACAGAUGCGCCAAUUUGAAGUUAUCAACAGAGCUUUUCAACGAGAGCUUUGAUAUCGGAGAAAUUGAACUUACCAACAUUCUAGUGGAUCAUUUUAUAUUUCGCGAAGUGAACUCAGAGUAUUGUUCGUCUUGUGUAGACUUGAUGAGGCGAAUCGACCGUCAAGAGAUUACAAUUCGUCCACGUCGCAUACUAGGAUUCAAUUCAGAAUCAGAGGGAGACGAUCUCCUAGUUCGCUCCACUUUUCAAAUCAACCCUGAUCUUAGACCAUUGCUCUGCCGUGUGGACAAUGAUUCUAAAACAUUUGACUGGGGAUCUGAGUCGAAAUCAUUUGGGACAUACACCACCUCGGACAUCGUUGGUCCUGAUCAUAUUCGACAUGUUGGAGAUACUCCGAAUUACGAUGCAAUUAAAGUGUGGCUCGGUCAUUGUCUACGAAGCCACAAGCAGUGCAAUUAUUCUGGGGAUCUCAAAUCUGCUCUUGAAAUGAUAUUCCUUAUUGAUAUCGAAAAGCGGCAGGUUGUGACGUAUCCAAAGAAUGGCGAACAUGCACCAGAGUAUUUUGCUUUGAGUUAUGUGUGGGGUGGUUACAAGGGAGUCAGCUACAAGCCUCAUAGCACGCUGCCUUACCCGCUCCCGCAAACCAUUGAGGAUGCAAUAUUCGUUACAAAAAGACUGAAAUUGGGGUACUUGUGGGUAGAUGCUGUAUGCAUUGAUCAGGAUGACGACGUCCAAAAGAAGGAGCAAAUAUCUUUGAUGGCGUCGAUCUAUCGUGGUGCCGUAGCUACCAUAAUACCGCUCAGCUCAAAUACAAGCGAUGAUGGAUUCCCUCGAGUUCAUUCAGGAUCAAGAAGGUCAAACCAGCUCAGUCUCGACUUUGGUCACGGGAAGUGUCUUCAACAGAAGCUUCCACGACUCGCGGAUGCUAUCCAUGAGGCAAAAUGGAACACCCGGUGUUGGACUUUCCAAGAAAAGUUGCUGUCUCAUCGAAGAAUCUAUUUUACAGAUCACCAAGUUCACUUGAGCUGUGCAGAGCUUGUCUGUUGCGAGGCGUGGCACGAUGAGACUCACUACCACAAUAACCCAGAGGAGGAAGAUUAUUUGAUCAUGAAUCCUCCAAAUCGUGAAGAUGACCUUUUCACCCAGAACGAUCAUGAUUGCGACAUUGUUUCAGAUUUCGAAAACAUAGUGAAUCAAUAUCUCGAGCGCGAAUUGGAAAAACCAGAAGACAUUCUGCACGCUUUCUCCGGCAUCCUGGAGGAGCUUAAACAGCACAAGUUUCCAGACGGCUUUCACCAAGGGCUGCCAAAAGAAGAUUUUCAGCACUCACUACUUUGGCGAGCAGGGAAAGUUUAUGGCGUUAUGGUGGACAAGAUUUCUGGCAAGAAAUAUGGAGGCCUCAGCCAGGCUACAAAGCGCGAGUUCCUACCUCAAUUGCCGAGCUGGAGCUGGAUUAGCUGGAGGCCCAUUUCCGGAAUCAAGUUUUAUCGGCUACCGGAUCAGACACGGGAACCAGAAAUAUACUCAUUGAAACCUUGGGUACAUAUCUCCGACACUAAACAAGUCCAGCUUUACGAAGGUUCUGUUGCUUUUCGCAGAAAGUGGGAAAAGCUAGUUCUCGCGCAUCACGGCUGGUCACAAAACUUUACAAGCCCAUAUAUCACCAUCAACCAAGAUUUGAAGCAGGAUAGAGCAAUACCGGCGCAUCGCAGCAAUUUGCAUGAGCAUGCGAGGUUAUGUGUCGAAGGUAUAGUAUUACAGCUUCCAUUCCAGUUUAUGCGUCGGAAUACGCGAGUGCGUACAACAUCUAGUUACACGACCAGGUAUACUCGGGACCUUGAGCUCACAAUAUGCGACCACAUUAUCAGUAAAAGACUAGAUGUCGAGUGGCAUUUUGACAGGCGAUUUGAUCGGACCAAAAAGUAUGAAGAAGCGCUCAAAUCUUCGCCGCUCCUAUUACUUGACGCAUAUCUUCAAACAGACGGUGGAAUAUUGAUUCCAGGGGACUUUGUACUAAACUUAGAGCUUCUGGUGUUAUCCUGGAAUGGGCUUUUAGCCAGAAGAGAAGGCACAGUAACUGUUCGUCUAAAACUAGACCGGAAGCUCAAGAAUUUGAAAUCUCUAGUCCUCGGUCAUCAUUCCAUUACAAGCAGGGAUGGCAUUGACUGGCCAAGCGACCGUGUUGGUCAGGUCGACGAUACCAAAUCCGAUGGCUUCGCAAGCCUACGGAUUGAUACCGAACGGAUGAAUUAA